UCGGGGUUUUCCGGCAGGAGGCGGAGCUUUAACAAUAACGGCGCUACAUUUCCGUUCACGCUCGAGUCGAGCGGACAGAAGCACCCGGGAGGCGCGUGACACGGAACCGAAACGCGCGAGCGCCGUGAAUGGAUCGUGCUGGCCGAAUGUUCAUCUCAGCUCUCCUCUUCCUGUGCCUGAUGUCUGUGGUUAAUGCCACCCUUUUAGAGCCCUCACCCACUAGCCUAUCGGGGCCGCAAUGUGUAAACUGGGGUGUGUAUGAAAGGGGAGCAGUGAAGGUGUAUGAGAGUGAAGCAGGGAGAAUACACUGCCCUCUCUUCUUACACCCCAAGCUGUAUAACUACGCUCAGAUCCAGAACACAGGACACACACUGCUCUGGUACCGUCAAACACACGAGCUGGAGGAGCCGGUUGACCUGAGCCUAGCAAAGUUCGCCAAACACAGAGACGCGCUGUGGAUACAGCCGACCAGCAUGGAGGACAGAGGAGAGUACAUCUGCCUUCUCAGGAACAUGUCCUGGUGUGUAAAGAUCGGUGUCAAAUUGGAUGUGGUUCCGCGUAAGUGGGAGUGUGACGAUACACUGCACCGUAACGUCACUGUUCAAUUGCAUAGCAACUACACGCUUCGCUGUCCCAACGUGCAGCACCUUCCAAACAAGACGUACAACGUCAUCUGGUACCAUAAUUGCGAAAGUGACAAAUUUGAUGGCUACUUCUGGGAAGUGCGCAAGUACGAGCUGAUAAUCUACCAGAUGUUUACAUUUUAUGCCGGCCCUUACACCUGUGUAGUCACCUACCAGAGCAACGGACACACACUCAACUACAGACAUACCAUCAGCCUCAAAGCCAUGUCCAAUAUUGGGUUUAAAUACCCAGUGUUUUUGAAUCCAACUCAUGACCAGAAUUUCACUGUAACUGUGGGCGAAGACACAAAGUUUGUAUGCCAACUGUUCCUGCCGUACCUUAACGACGAAGAGCCGCAGAUUUGGUGGAGCAUCAACAAUAAGACGCUGGAGGAGCUGUCAGAGCCUCGAUACACCUCGCCCGAAGCCAGUGUGCCAGCUGAUGAUAAUGGGGACCGCGAAAUGCACAGGGUGUUGUAUGUGUCACCAUUUAAAGAAGAAGAUCUGCACAAAGAGUUUCGCUGCUCUGUCCGGUACGGCAAAGGAUUUUACAGCAAAAUCGUCACGCUAGAGGAGAAGGUGUACGUCCCCUCGAUAGAGCUCGGCUUCGGUCUCGGAUUGACUCUGGCUCUCGCGUUGUUGCUCUUCGUGUUGUAUCGAGUGUUCUGGCUGGAGGUGCACCUUCUCUAUCGCUCCUGGUUCGGCACAGAUGAGAGAGAUACAGAUGAUAAGGAGUAUGACGUGUACAUCUCAUACGCACGCAACACCGAGGAGGAGGAGUUUGUCUUGGCAACACUGAGGCGUGUGCUGGAGGCGGAGUUUGGAUACACAGUGUGUAUAUUCGACAGAGACAGCCUGCCUGGCGGAACUGUAACGGAGGAGACUCUGCAAUUCGUCAGCCGUAGUCGGCGUUUGCUGGUCAUCCUAAGUGCAUGCAGUGCAUUUCGGGAUGCCCAGGCUCUCCUGGAGGUUCGGGCAGGGGUGUCGGCCAUGCUGCAUGGCGGCAGCAUGAAGCUGGUGCUGAUCCAGUUAAAAGAGUCUCGCGCAACACGCAACAAGAGUCACAAACCGGACACGCACCAGUGCGUAAAAGAGCUACGGCGCGCACGUAUCGCUUCAGCGCUCAUACAAUGGGAAGGAGAAAAGUCGAGCUCGCUCACGUCUCACUUCUGGAAGAAAUUGCAGCUGCAGCUGCCCGUGCGAACACCUACACACGCGACAAAGCCUGCACAGGUUACAUCAUAUACUGAUGAAAAACAGAAAUCCGAGAGUGCAAUGCUAAUGCUGGAGAGCAUACAUAUGCCUGAUACACAUCUGUACAAAGCAACCUACAAACACAUUUCAUAGAACAUCAUCAUCGUGUGUAUUACUUGCCCACUGAAUUCGCGGGUUCACCACUGUUCCUUCCUUGGAACACUUUUCUUACAUCCUGACUACUGCAGACCCGGAACACCCCACAAGAGCUGCAGUUUUGGAGGUGCUCUGACCCAGUCAUCUAGCCAUCAUUCUUCAGCUUUUGUCAAAGUCGCUCAAAUCCUUAAGCUUGGCCAUUUUUCCUGCUUUUAAAACAUGAGGGCAACAUUUUCACUUACAAUAUAUCCCACCCACUAACAGGGGCCAUGAUGAAGAGACGAUCAGUGCUAUUCAAUCGCAAGUCAUUAUGUUAUUCCUGAUCGGUGCACAUACAUGUACAUACAUUUAUUAUUUAUAUAUUCUGAAGUUUGAGGACACCUGACCAUUGAAUACAUGAUUAUUAUUAAACAUCCCAUUCCACAUUUAGUUCUCAUUUGCUCUUAUAAUAAGCUCCACUCUUCUGGAAAUUUGUGCGAUUUCAUUCAGCAACAAUGGUGUUAGUAAAGUCAGGUACCGAUGUAGGUGAGUUGAUGAGGCAUGGAGUGAUGUUCUAAUUCCUCCCAAAGGGGUUUGAUAGGGCUGGCCUUUAUAGCAGGCCACUUAAUAUCUUCCACGCCAACCCAUGUAAAGCAUACCUUAAUGGAGCUUGUACACAGGGGCAUUGUCCUGCCCCACGGUCUGCUAGUUCAUGUGAAGGGAAAAUUGCAUGCUAUUGCCAUGUUUAAAAGGUAACGCCAAAGCGUUUUCAUUGACAAAAAUGUAUAGACAUAUGAUUCUAUUUAUUUAUUAAUAAUACAAAAAUACAGGUAAACUUACUCAACCAGCUGGUGAGACAAUCAGGAGCUGACAGUGCAUGUUUAUCAAGGAGUAAAGGUCACAGGGUAAAGGUUUUUCUGAAUACAUUGGGCACAGUUUUUCUACUUAAUUAAACACUCAUGUAUAUUUUAUGUAGAUUUUGAUGUAGAUUUUUUUUUUAUCUUGGCACAAAAAUCCCAUUAUAUUUGGUAUACUCUUUUAGGACACAGGGCUUAAACCUGAAUUAUUAUUAUUAUUUUUUGUACUUUUUUAAUUAUUAUUAAUAAUAAUAAUAAUAAUAAUAAUAAUAAUGUAUGUGUGAUAUGUCUUUUGCUAAAUAUUUGUAUUCAUUUGCUUCAUUGAAUUGUAAAAUUGUUUAUAGAUGGAGCAGCUGGCAAAACAUUGAUGAGUGCGUUUGUUUGCUAACAUUGGCUAAUUGUUCCUAGCCAGCAUCUGUAUAUGAUUCGCUUAAGUCUGCUAAAUGUCUCGGCCAGAUCAGUGUUUGUUUAGCUAAUUUUCUGCAAAACUCUAGAAUGUACUGACCUACCUAGCGCUAACCCAAGCACUAACAAUAGCUCCAACCUUUGUAUUAGCAUAAAUGUUUCCUGUGAAACCUUUUUCUUGUAGUGAAAAAAAAUUCCCAUUGCAUGUACAUUAAUUGUUUGCUGCAAACCAUUCAGUAAUAAAUACAUUUAGUUUUUCAAUGAGGCGAUUUCCCUAGAGUAUUUGAGAGUUAUGUGAUUCAUUAGUUGCUAAGUAUCACUCUAUGAAUGUAGGUUUUAGUAAAUAAAGGCAUUCAAUUAUUUUUUAUUUACAUUUUUUUAACAACCUGAUCAUUAAGCAUUUAAUGGAGUGUGGAUGUGUUACAGUAUUCAUGCCAUGCAUAUUAUUUCAUUGCUUUUAUAAUGUCAUUAUCACUCAUGAUGUCAUUUCAGAUAUUGAAUUUUUGCUAAAACAAAUAAACAUCAUGUUUAUAUUAAACAAA